AAGCUCUGCCUGAUGGAGAUGAACCAGGAGGAACUGGCCGACAAGCUCGGGAGUGGAGCUGCUGCUGUCCAGUGCCAACAUAAACUCAAGUCUCAUCUGAAGAAGAAGUUCCAGUGUGUGCUUGAGGGAAUCGCAAGAGCAGGAGGGCAGAGACCUCUGAAUGAGAUCUAUACAGAGGUCCUCAUCACAGAGAGAGGCAGUGGAGAGGUCAACAAGGAACAUGAGGUCAGACUGAUUGAAAAGGCUUCCAGGAAGCCAGCCAAUGAGGAAACACCAAUCAGAUGUGAAGACAUCUUUAAACGCUUACCUGCACAAGAUAAACCAAUAAGAACAAUAAUGACAACCGGAGUGGCCGGCAUUGGCAAAACCUUCUUAACACACAAGUUCACUCUGGACUGGGCUGAAGGCAAAGGCAAAGCCAACCAAGAGAUAGACUUCAUAUUUCUCCUCACUUUCAGAGAGCUGAAUUUACUGAAAGGGAAAGUGUUUAGCUUUGUGGAACUUCUUCAUAUUUUUUCUGUUGAAACCAAAGAAUCAGGAAUCUACAUAUCCGACCAUGACCAAGUAGUCAUCAUCUUGGAUGGUCUGGAUGAGUGUCGACUUCCUCUGGACUUCAAGAACAACACGAUCUGGACUGAUGUCACCGAGCCGACGUCAGUGGACGUGCUGCUGACAAACAUCAUCAGGGGAUUCCUGCUUCCCACUGCUCGCAUCUGGAUAACGACACGCCCUGCGGCAGCCAAUCAGAUCCCUGCUGAGUGUGUUGACAUGGUGACCGAGGUGAGGGGGUUCAAUGACCCACAAAAGGAGGAGUACUUCAGGAAGAGAUUAAGAGAGGGGACACUGACCAACUCAAUCAUCUCUCUCGUCAAGAAAUCUCGAAGCCUCCACAUCAUGUGUCACAUCCCAGUCUUCUGUUGGAUCACUGCUACAGUUCUAGAGGGCUUCUUCAAAACGUCCCAGAGAGGAGAAGAGGUGCCCAAGACCGUGACUCAGAUGUACAGCCACUUCCUGAGGGUUCAGUCCAUACAGGGGGACAGGAAGUAUCGUGGGAGAGCUGAAACCGAUUCACCCUGGAGUUCAGAGAGCAAAGAGAUCAUUGUUUCUCUUGGGAAAUUGGCUUUUAACCAGCUGGAGACAGGCAACCUGAUCUUCUACGAGGCAGACUUGGCAGAGUGUGGCAUCGAUAUCAGAGCAGCCUCAGUGUACUCAGGAGUUUUCACCCAGAUCUUUAAAGAGGAGUGUGGGCUGUACCAGGGCAUGGUGUUCUGCUUUGUCCAUCUGAGCAUCCAGGAGUUUCUGGCUGCCCUUUAUGUAUUUCUGUCCUACAUCGACACUGGUGUCAAUCAUAUAUCAGAAGAACAGCCAACCUCGAGCGAAGCUGAACUUCUCCUCCUCUACCAGAGUGCGGUGGACAAGGCCUUACAGAGUGAGAACGGACACCUGGACUUGUUCCUCCGCUUUCUCCUGGGCCUCUCUCUAGAGACCAAUCAGAUGCUCCUACAAGGUCUGCUGGGACCAGAAGGAAGUAAAUUACUGGGCAAUCUAACUCAAAAAGUUCUGCCGGGAAAGACCGGAAGGAGGUCCCAGAUCAAUGCCCAAAUAGUCCAUUACAUCAAGGAGAAGAUAGGUGGAGAUCUCUCUCAAGAGAGAAGCAUCAAUCUGUUCCACUGUCUGAAUGAGCUGAACGACCAAUCUCUAGUGGAGGACAUCCAACUGUACCUGACAUCAGGAAGUAUCUCCACAAAAUCCCUCUCCUCUGCUCAGUGGUCAGCUCUGGUCUUCAUCUUACUGUCAUCAGAAGAGGAGCUGGGCUGUCUGUUUCUCCGGUCAGAUGCCUGUGAACUCACACUGGACCCAAACACAGCCCACAAACUACUGUCUCUGUCUGAGGACAACAGAAAGGUGAUGUGGGUUGAAGAGAACCAGUCGUAUCCGGAUAACCCAGAGAGAUUUGAAUAUUGGUACCAGGUGUUGUGUAGAGAGGAUCUGACUGGCCGCUGUUACUGGGAGGUUCAGUGUGAUGGAGAGGUUUACAUAGGAGUGGCAUACAGAAGAAUCUCAAGGGGAGGAAGGGGUGAUAACAGCGGGCUUGGAUUGAACAACAAGUCCUGGGUUCUUGUUCGUCGUGAUGAUGGUUAUUGUGCCCGUCACAACGGUAGUCAAACAGCCAUACGUCUCCCCCCCGCUGGCUCUAACAGAGUAGGAGUGUAUCUGGACCGACCCGCUGGCACUCUGUCCUUCUACAGCGUGUCCCAAGGUGUAGGAGGGUCCUCAGACACACUGACACACAUCCACACCUUCCAGUCCACCUUCACCCAGGAGGACCUCCACCCUGGGUUUAGGUUACGUAAGCCUGGUUCCUCAGUGUCUCUGUGUCCAUUGUAGUUACACACACACACACACACACACACUCACACUCACACACA